AUGGCGACAAAGACUGUACUAAUCACUGGCAGUAAUCGUGGUCUUGGUUUCUCCUUUGCUAAGCACUAUGUUAAAGAAGGCUGGAAAGUUAUUGCUACUGCUCGAAACGUAGAUUCUGCUGAAGACCUCAAGAACCUCAAACCGUGGAAACUCAUCACACUGGACACAGGUGACGAGCAGUCAAUUUUGACAGCAGCUAAGACACUUCAAGAUAAGGCUAUUGAUCUACUCAUUAACAAUAGUGGGAUCUUAAUUAGUGGUGGCCUGAAUGAUACGACGAAAGAGGACAUGAUGCGUCAAUUUGAGGUCAAUACCGUGGGCCCGUUCCUCAUGACUCGCGCUUUUCUGCCCAAUCUACGCCUUGCUGUGGCUUCUCGUGGUGAGGCUUUUGUUGCUCAGAUCACCUCUUGCCUGGGAAGCAUUUCCGACAACCGGUCGCGUGGUAUGUACGGAUACCGUGCAUCUAAGGCGGCGCUCAAUAUGGUCACGCAAAGUCUGUCACUGGACCUCAAAUCGGAGAAGAUCGGAUGCCUGCUGCUGCAUCCUGGGUACGUCAACACGGACAUGACGAAUUUUAAAGGAGUUGUGUCUCCUGCGGAAAGCGUUGCUGGUAUGGCACGCAUCAUUGAACGUGCCAAACUCGAGGACAAGCUGGAGAUGUUUGACUUCAAGAAAGGAGACGCACUACCGUGGUAA